AUGCUUGCUCUCCUCGCACUGCUUCUCGUCGUCGCAGCCCAGGAGACGGUGACAGUCACCGAGAUCCGGUACAUCCCGCCGAACGCGCCGGCGCAGACGCAGGCGAUCGGCGGCGGUGUCGGCGACGCGACGUUCACGCGCACGAUCAUCCUCACGGGUGUGCUCCCGACUUUCCAGCCCGUCGCGACGGGCGGCGCGCCUGAGGCCCCGUCUCUCCCCGCCGGCAUGCCUGGCCCCAACGGCGACUGGACGCCGCAGGAACAGCCUAAGACUCCCCCUGCUCCGCCGGCUCCUACUCCUGAGGCUCCCCAGCCGACGCCUGAAGCGUCUCCGGCCGGGCCUACGCCGCCAGCUCCUCCCGCCCAACCGACGCCGCAAGCUCCUCCGGCUCAGCCGACGCCCGAGGCGCCUGCGCAGCCGACGCCUGAUGCUCCUCCCGCGCAGCCCGCGCCUCCGAGCGAGCCGUACACGCCUGCUGCGCCUGCUCCGCCCCCGCCUCCGACCGACGCACAAACGAACGGCGGCCCCUUCCCCGCGCCGACCGCGCCGCCGGCCGCGACGAACGCGCCUCCGCCUCCGGACGCGAUGGCCCCCGGCGGCCCGAACCCCGUAACAGUAAUCACAGUCACCGGCCCGGUAGACCACGAAGCGAUCAGCCGCAUCCUAAACCCCAAGGCGGCGGGGGAUGACGCGCUCGGCCCAGCCGGGCCGAACACGCCCCCGCCCGCGGCGCCGACGCCGAACCCCGAUGCGAUGGGGCCGGCGGGGCCCAACUCCGCCCCCGCGAACACGCCCGCGGACCCCGAGGCGAUGGGGCCGGCCGGGCCAAACUCGACGCCGGCGGCCAGCACGCCAGCGGACCCCGGCGCGAUGGGUCCGGCUGGACCGAACUCGACGCCGGAGCCCACGAAGUCCGCGGACCCCGGGGCGAUGGGCCCCGCUGGGCCCAACCCCUCGCCGUCGCCCGCCGAGAGCCCGGCGCUGCAGACCCCGCAGAGCGGGGCUAGGGGCGUCGCGCCUGCGCUCGCCCUCGUUGGUGGUGCGCUCGUGGCGAGUGUGUUCGCGUAA